AUGUCGUCAACGGGACGCGCGUUUGCAGACUCUGAUUCCGAUUCCGCCCCUCUAGGGACGUCUUUAAUCGCCUGCUUAGACGCGCUGCCUGUUUGGUUGGUUCCGCCGGCUAUUGAGGUUCCGAAAGGGACUGGACUGGGCAGCUCAGACUUUAUACUCGUGAAGAACAUAUUCGUUAUGCUGUCCGGCAGCAUGCUCAGCACAUCCCCAACCACUAUCUCCGGCCCACCUGCCCCGCUUCCCCCUCCCUGCGCCGCUCCCCCUGCACCCUCCCCGCUGCGCACCCCCGCUCCCCCUUUUGCCCCCCCCCUCCCCGUGCCUCCCCCCUUCCCUGUCCCGCGCUCCCCUUCCUCUUCCGCGUCUGAAGCUUCGGAGCUGGAGCGGGAGGGCGCCUGCUUGACGGGGAACGGACGCCCGAGCAUGUCAGUCGCACCAGGGGAUCGGUUCUUGGGGCUUACCGCCAGGAAUCCCGUACUCCCCAUGCGAUCUAGCCUCAAUCGCGGAGGGGUAUUUCCAACUUUAGCUCGCGGGCCCGCGCUGGCUGCAUGCUGCGGUUGGGGGGGCAUCAUGGGGGAAAGGUGGCUCCGCUUCGGCUCGAAAUCCGCUUGCGCGGAAGACCCGUCUCUUCCUCCGCGUCCGCUUAUGGGCUUCGCGGGGCUGCCAUCCCGCAAGCCCCCCAUCCUCCCCUCACCCGCGUUCUGCGCCGAUGGCAGCGCGAGAGCUGCGCCGCUGCUGGCCCUCCGCGCAUGGUGCACCCUCGGCGCGCUGGUCGAGCGCUCCGCCCCCUCUUGCAGGCCCUCCGCCAAGCCUUGCGCGUUCCGCGCGCGCGGAGCGACCUGA